UAAUCAACAAGGUGGUGGUGGUUUAGGUGGACAAAUAAAGGAUAUUCGACCUAUUCGUGAAAAACCAUUUCAGGUGGAUUCAAUUGAUAUAAUAUACGCAUAUGCUAUAGAAAAGCUAGGGUUUCAAGGGGAAUUGAAGGAUUUUAAAAUAAAUACUUCAAAAGAUUAUUACACGUUAUUCAAAUUAGUAUAUCAGCGACUUGACCAUGGUAAAGAUAUAACGAAAAUAGACGAAAUUGCAACUGCCUUGCGCGAAUUAAGCAUCGAAGAUCAAGAAGACGAAAUUGAAGAGGGCGGUUUCAAUCCUGAUUCGGCAUUUUUUAAAUAUGCCACUACUGCAUAUAACUUGUUUUUGGGUGGUGAUGAUGAUUAUUCGGAAGCGGCAUAUGAAUUUGACGCUGCUUAUGAUAUUAUUGCUAAGAGUGCAGAAGUGCAAAAAGAAGUUGAAGAACUUGAAAAGCAAUUGAAUGAAAUGAGCGAAGAUCCUCUGACUGUUGCUCAAAAUGAAAAUAAAACUUUGCGGUCGGAUAUGAAUAAAUUUAAUGCUUAUACGAAACAUUUGGAGGAUAAAAUUAUCAAACUCAAAGAUUAUAUCGUCAAAUUGGAUGAGGAACAUAAAGGAAAAGAAAUUGAAUUAGAAAAAAUCGAAGAAGAAAAGGCCGAAAUCCAGCAAAAGGUUGAUAAUCAACCAAUAUCCCCGGACGAUGUUGAAAGGAUGCAUAAAGAGAGCGAACAGAUAACGAAUAAUCGGAAUGCCAUUGCUGCUAAAGCAAAAGAAUUAGCUAAAUUACAAUGGGAAAAAGGACUUGACCUUGAAAAAAGGAUAGCCGAUAUUGAAAAAUUAAUUCAAUAUUAUAACACCAGUCUUUAUCGCGUUGGUCUGUUGCCAUCAAGUGCACAAUAUGCUGAUGGUAAAGAUUAUGAAUUGUCUCUUGAUGUGAAUGCAGAUCGAAUUGAUAAAAUAAUAUCGUUGGAUUUGAGAAAUUAUGUUAGGGUACAAGUCCGCGAAAAAUUUAAUAGCGAAUAUGAUAAAAUUCAAGAACAGAUAACUUUAAUGAGUGAAGAGAUCCAUCGACUCAGUGAUGAUAACACUGAUAAAGAAAUAGGUAUGUUGAUUGUCAAUUUUAUGAUCUUUUUAUUAGAUGUGUUGAAAUAUAUUUUUUAUGCAAUAGAUCUAAAUACAUUGGAGGAUAAUAAGAAUAUACUAGCACGACAAUUUGAGGAGUCUGAACAAAGCGAAAUCGAUACGCUGACGAAACGAUGCACAUCUUUUGAACAAAGGAUUAGUCAGUUGCGAUCCGAAGGCGCUGCAGUUUAUCUUGAAUGGAAACAAAAAAGCCAAGAAAUUCAAAUUCAGUAUGACCAUUGUAUCCAUGAAUAUAAUGCUGUUCAAGAAGCUGCAUAUAACGAGUUUAUUCAGAUAAAAAAUGAUCAACUUAGAAAACUUCAACAUAUCUCUAAUGUUUUGACUGAUUUAAAAAAAUUUUCAGAAAAUGAGUUAAACGAA